AUGUCGAUGUCGAGCCGCGAGCUCGACCUCGAUUUCGUCUCCAAGCUGCGAGAGAGGAUCCGCGAGAGGAAGGACAAAAACCGUGCCUACGACUUUUUCCCGAGGCCUGGAGCUCAAUUCUGCAUACACGUAUCUUUGAGGAGUGUACAGGUGUGUUUAUAAGGUAUUCAGUUUGAUUACUAGGUUUGACAAAAAGAUGUAACUACUGAAUUUCAAAGUUUCAUUUUUCAGUUUUUUGAACUGUUCAUUCCCGGAUUUUUCAUGUUUUUUUUUUUCAAGGAUAUGCUUAACUAUUGUUGAACUCAUAGUUUUCCUUGACUUUCGAAAAGAGGAUAUCUUUCAAGUUGAGUUAGUUCUAAAUAUUACAACCGUAACACUUUCAUUAACCUUCAGAAAAUAGAUUUGAUUAUAUCAACCGUUCUCCAAAAAUUUUAUGGUGAUUAUGUUAUGUGAGAAAAUUUUGAGUUUGAAGAAAAUUGAUUCAGCUUUGAAAUAAUCUGAAGAAGCUUAUUUUUUCUAGACGGCCGCCUUAAUCGGCUCUGUUCUGGGGCCAGUCUCCGCCUACCUCUUCCGGCACCAGAAGAAUGAAGAUUCUUCACUAAUGUAACACUGGAAUGAACUCAAAAUGUAUCUCUAUAUCUUCAGCGAUGCGUUCAUCCGCGGCGGAAUGCACGGGGCGAUGGUUGGCGCCGUUCUCGGCCCUAUGGUGACCCUCGGAACUGUCAGGAACAUGCACACCAUCAAUAAGUACAAGAACUAUAUGAAAAUAAGGUUUCGAGUUUGGUUAUCCUUGAAAAAAUAGUUUCAAGUUUUCAUAAACGGGUUCUCGUCAAAUAAUACUCAGGUCUUAUUUAUUAUUUUUUUUUAAAGUCAUGCUGGGGAGUUGAAAAAUACCAUUCAUUGAUUUAGUUAAGUAUCGUGGCGAAUAGAGUUCUCAAAAUGACCAAUUGAAAAGAAUGACAUUUUUCAAAAACGAAAAAUUUUCUUUUUGACAUUUCAAACGAAUGUCGUUUUUAAAACAUCAACCAAAAUUGAUCACUUUCAUUCUUUUUCAUUUUGUGACUUUUUCAAAUAAUGACUGAAAAAAAUAAAUGGUCAUUUUCUAAACAAUCAUAUUCUGACUAGUAAAUAAAUGUUCGCCUUAAUGACCAAAAAUUUUUCAAAGUGAAACUUAAAUGUUCAUUUUUUUGACCAAAAUUUUUCAAAAAUGAAUUUUAAAUGUUCAUUUUUUUGACCAAAAUUUUCAAAAUGAAUUUUAAAUGUUUACUUUUUUUGACCAAAAAUUUCCGAAAUGAAUUUUUAAAUGUUCAUUUUUUUCUACCAAAAAUUUUUCAAAACGAAUUUUAAAUGUUUACUUUUUUAUUUUUUUCAAACUUUUUUUUAACUGUGAAAAUUGAAUGUUCAUUUUUUGGCCGAUACUUUUCCGAACCUGGAUUUUCCGAACCGAUUUCCAAAUCAAUACUUUUCUUUUUUCCUCAUUCAAUUAAUUCUCCAGAUAGCACCUUUCUUCUGGUCUGCUCAUUUUUGACCGGUUCCACAUAAGUUUUCUCGUCCUUACUUUCAGCUUCGCCUUUGACCAUCCAGAUCACUUUUUUCCAAUAGAUUUUUUUAUUUUAAUCAGAAAUUAGUUUGAAUUUCGAAGUAAUCGAUUCAUGAUUUCAUUUGGAGUAGACUGAGACAGAAUUGACUCCGGCACAGAUACUGCCAAGUGCCGUAAUUGUAAUGAAUAAAGUAAUGAAUAAAUGUUUACCUUUUUAAACAAAAUUUUCAAAGUGAAAUUUGAAUGGUCACUAUUUUGACCAAAAUUUUUGAAAUGACUUUUAAAUGUUCAUUUUCUGACCAAAAUUUUUCAAAGUGAAUUUUUAAAUGUUUACUUUUUCUGACCAAAACUUUCAAAAGUGAAAUUUAAAUGUUCAUUUUUUUAACCAAAAUUUUUUUCGAAAAAAAUAAGUAAUUGUUCAUUUUUUUCAAAUGCUCAGUUAUGAAAUUUUACCAAAAUGAAGUUUUUAACAAACGGUUCAUGUGAAAUUUAACUAAUUGGUCGAAUUCAUCAAACGUUCGGAAAAUGUUUGGUUGAACGGUGGUAUGAAAAAAAGACCAGCGAAAAUUCAAACGGCGACUUUUCCGAUUUUUUCAUAUCGCUAGAGAACUUUCCGACGGCCACCUUUCCGCCGAAUUUUUUUCCGACUUUUUUUUCUCGGUAAAAUCUUCGUUUUGAAUCUUCCUAUAUAAAGUAGGCAGUUUAUUCAUGAUUAAAACACAACGAAAUGAGAAAAAAAUGUUAAUAGAUGUUUUAUAAAUCGAAAAAUAUAAAGACAAAAAAAGUCGGAAACGAUUUCGGCGGAAAGGUGGCUGUCGGAAAGUUCCCUAGCGAUACGAAAAAAUCGGAAAAGUCGCCGUUUAAAUUUUCGCUGGUGUUUUUUUCAUACCAUCGGUUGAACGUUCGUUCAAACAUUUACUUUUGAGAACUCUAGUGGCGAAUAUCCAGUUUUAUUCAAAUCAUUCAAUAUUUCUAAGUUUUCAAAUGGUCCAUAAGGAUCCUUGAACAUAUUUUAUCACUUUCUUACUUAUCACCUUAUCUCUUCCUAGUGUCUGUACCCGUCUCAAGGUCAUUAUUGACAUUUUCUAGCGAUUCGAGCUAUGGUUGUCCGAAAAGAACGUUUACGUCUGUUUUAUGGACUCGCCUGCACUUUUACGUUCCAUUCAUCCUCUAAAAAAUUCGAUCUAUAUCUGAAUAUUAAUUCAAACAUGUCUUUUUUAUGUAAACUAGAUGAGAAAUAUUGUUUUUUAUUUCUUGAUUCGCCAUUUUUUUUUUUUGAAUUUACUAUGUUUUCUUACAUUUUCCAUCUGAUGUUCUCCUCAUUUUUAGGUCGGACCAAUCGCAACUUUGGCAGGACCACAUCACGAUCGCCUCGGCGGCCGUCGGCUGGCUCGGCCAUGGAAAUCUCGGACUCGUCGUCGGCCUGGAUUUAUCCCUGCUCUUCGCCUUGCUCACCAGAAAUUUAUGA